AAAUUGUAUCGUCGGAAGCGGUUGUGCUGCGGAAAAACGUAGAAAUUGAAGCCGAAACACAAUUUCACUCUAUGCCGCGGAAAAAUUUGAACGCGUUGAAUUAAAAAAUCUACAACGAAUAAGACUCAAUGAUCGCGAAAAACGAACCACAAAGAGGAGAAAAAUAACACAAUGGCAAUAAAUAACAAAUUCUUUUUUUGAAAGUGAGUGCAACGAAAAUCAGGAAAAGGGAUAAACACACCUGAAGGAAAUGUACGAAAUGGCGCUCGACAACGCCGAAACAAAAAUAUGCCACAAAUAAUGCCGCCUAAAUCGUAUACAUUUUUUUGUUCAAAAGGAUCUUGUUAAAACUCGGAUUUUACGAAAAUAGUGUCUACCUCGGAUCUUUUUUGUGCAAGUGUGCGACGCGUGUGUGCGAGAGAGAGAGAGGGAGCUAAGAGAUCGAGAGAGCGAGCGCAUGUGGCGUCCGUUUGAAAUUUGAAUUUCAGCCCCGAUCCUCCUCCUGAUUCUUCUUCUUCUUCAACAACAAAUACGAAUACAAAAGAGAAAACGAAAGAGCAUUAUUUUUUUGCAAUUAUUUUUUAAUGUUUGAAAAAACAAAAAAUGUCGCCGUCGUCGGGCAAAGAACUCCUUUUAAUUUAUGAAAUAUAAGAAAAACGAGUAAAGGAGAAACGCACAGCUUUAAACAAUCGAAAAAAAAGCACUGACCAACAAAAAUAGUACAAGAUCAGUUAAAGAAUCUAAUCGAAAAUCCCUCGAAAAACUUAGUGAGUGAAAUACAACAAAAAAACUGGUAAACUUGGUAAACUGGAUUACAAUGCAAUCGCAGCGCAGCCGACGUCGCAGUCGCGCAUUAAACACACGGAUUUGGAUUUGGAUUAACAAAAUGUACGCUCUGCCGGCGUCGCUGUCGGCGUCGCUGCCACUGCUGCUACUGACGCUGGCGUUUGCGAAUUUGCCAAGCACCGUCCAAGGAACUGACACUGCUCUCAUUUCCGUUUCCUGCACGAGUGUGGGCUGCCAAAAUGGCGGCACCUGCGUCACACAGAACAAUGGCAAAACUUAUUGCGCUUGCGAUUCGCACUUUGUUGGCGACUACUGUGAGCAUCGCAAUCCAUGCAACUCGAUGCGCUGCCAGAAUGGAGGCACCUGCCAGGUGACCUUUCGCAAUGGCCGCCUUGGUAUAUCCUGCCAAUGUCCAUUGGGAUUCGAUGAGUCCUUGUGCGAGAUACCGGUACCAAAUGCCUGUGAUGAACCUAGGUGCCACAAUGGUGGAACCUGCCAGCUGAAAACGCUUCAGGAGUACACGUGUGCAUGUGCCAACGGCUAUACAGGUGAUCAUUGCGAGACGAAGAAUCUGUGCGCAAGUUCGCCGUGUAGAAACGGUGCCACCUGCACCGCCUUGGCCGGUAGCAAAACCUUUACCUGCACCUGCCCGCCGGGCUUUACGGGUCCCACCUGUUCCGAUGAUGUCGAGGAGUGCCAGUCGAAUCCCUGCAAGUAUGGCGGCACCUGUGUCAACACCCAUGGAUCCUACCAAUGCAUGUGCCCCACGGGCUAUACGGGAAAGGAUUGUGACACCAAGUACAAACCCUGCUCACCAUCGCCCUGUCAAAAUGGUGGAAUCUGUAGGUCCAAUGGUCUGACCUACGAUUGCAAAUGUCCCAAAGGCUUUGAUGGCAAAAACUGCGAACAGAACUUCGACGACUGUGUGGGCCAUCUUUGCCAGAACGGUGCCACCUGCAUCGACGGUAUCUCGGACUACAGCUGCAGCUGCCCGCCAAACUUUACCGGUCGCUACUGCCAAGUGGAUGUGGACGAGUGCGCCCAACGGGAGCAUCCCGUCUGCCAGAACGGAGCAACCUGCACCAACACCCACGGCUCCUACAGCUGUAUCUGCGUCAAUGGCUGGGAGGGACCAGACUGUAGUGUCAACACCGAUGACUGCAAGCAGGCGGCCUGCUUCUACGGUGCCACCUGCAUCGACGGAGUUGGUAGCUUCUACUGCCAGUGCACCAAAGGCAAGACGGGACUGCUGUGCCACCUGGACGAUGCCUGCACCUCUAAUCCCUGCCAUGCCGAUGCCAUUUGUGACACCAGUCCCAUCAAUGGCUCCUAUGCCUGCUCUUGCGCCACCGGCUACAAGGGUGUGGACUGCUCCGAGGACAUCGACGAGUGUGGCCAAGGGUCACCGUGCGAGCACAAUGGCAUUUGCGUGAACACGCCCGGCAGCUAUCGAUGCAAUUGCUCGCAAGGAUUCACCGGACCCCGCUGCGAAACUAACAUCAACGAAUGCGAGUCACAUCCGUGCCAGAACGAGGGCAGCUGCCUGGAUGAUCCUGGAACCUUCCGUUGCGUCUGCAUGCCCGGCUUUACCGGAACCCAGUGCGAAAUCGAUAUCGACGAAUGCCAGUCGAAUCCCUGCCUGAACGAUGGCACCUGCCACGACAAGAUCAAUGGCUUCAAGUGCAGCUGUGCCCUGGGCUUCACCGGAGCCCGGUGUCAGAUAAAUAUCGAUGACUGCCAGUCGCAACCAUGCCGGAACAGAGGCAUCUGUCACGAUUCCAUAGCGGGCUACAGCUGUGAGUGUCCACCGGGUUACACCGGCACCAGCUGCGAGAUCAACAUCAAUGACUGCGACUCCAAUCCCUGCCAUCGGGGCAAGUGCAUCGACGAUGUGAACAGCUUCAAGUGCCUGUGCGAUCCCGGCUACACGGGCUACAUCUGCCAGAAGCAGAUCAACGAGUGCGAGUCGAAUCCCUGCCAGUUUGAUGGUCAUUGCCAGGACCGAGUGGGCAGCUACUUCUGCCACUGCCAGCCCGGAACCAGCGGCAAGAACUGCGAGAUCAAUGUGAACGAAUGCCACAGCAAUCCGUGCAACAAUGGAGCCACCUGCAUCGAUGGCAUCAACUCGUACAAGUGCCAGUGUGUGCCCGGAUUCACCGGUCAGCAUUGCGAGAAGAAUGUGGAUGAGUGCAUCAGUAGCCCGUGUGCCAACAAUGGUGUGUGCAUCGACCAGGUGAAUGGCUACAAGUGCGAGUGUCCGCGUGGCUUCUACGAUGCCCAUUGUCUCAGCGAUGUGGACGAAUGUGCCUCGAAUCCCUGCGUCAAUGGAGGUCGCUGCGAGGAUGGAAUCAACGAGUUUAUUUGCCACUGCCCGCCUGGUUAUGCCGGCAAGCGCUGUGAGCUGGACAUUGACGAGUGCAGCAGUAAUCCCUGCCAGCAUGGAGGCACCUGCUACGACAAGCUGAACGCCUUUAGCUGCCAGUGCAUGCCGGGCUAUACGGGCCAAAAGUGCGAGACGAAUAUCGACGACUGUGUGACCAAUCCGUGCGGGAAUGGAGGCACCUGCAUAGACAAGGUCAAUGGCUACAAGUGCGUCUGCAAGGUGCCCUUUACGGGCCGGGAUUGCGAGAGCAAGAUGGAUCCCUGCGCCAGCAAUCGUUGCAAGAACGAGGCCAAGUGCACGCCAAGCUCCAAUUUCCUGGACUUUUCCUGCACCUGCAAGGUGGGCUAUACGGGUCGCUACUGCGACGAGGACAUUGACGAGUGCGCUCUGAGCUCUCCGUGCCGAAAUGGGGCCAGCUGCCUGAAUGUCCCGGGCUCCUAUCGAUGCCUCUGCACCAAGGGCUACGAGGGCCGGGACUGCGCCAUCAAUACGGACGACUGUGCCUCGUUCCCCUGCCAGAAUGGCGGCACCUGCCUGGACGGUAUCGGUGACUAUGUCUGCCUCUGCGUGGGCGGCUUCGAUGGCAAGCACUGCGAGACGGACAUCAAUGAGUGCAUUAGCCAGCCCUGCCAGAAUGGAGCCACCUGUAGCCAGUAUGUGAACAGCUAUACCUGCACCUGUCCGUUGGGCUUCAGCGGCAUCAAUUGCCAGACCAAUGACGAGGACUGCACGGAGAGCUCCUGCUUGAACGGCGGCAGCUGUAUCGAUGGCAUCAAUGCCUACAACUGUAGCUGCCUGGCGGGAUUCUCCGGUGCCAAUUGCCAGUACAAGCUCAACAAAUGCGACUCCAGUCCCUGCCUGAAUGGUGCCACCUGCCAUGAGCAGCGGGACGAGUACACUUGCCACUGUCCCAGCGGAUAUACCGGGAAGCAGUGCUCCGAGUAUGUGGACUGGUGCAGCCAGUCGCCCUGCGAGAAUGGAGCCACCUGCAGCCAGAUCAAGCAUCAGUUUAGCUGCAAAUGCUCGGCGGGAUGGACGGGCAAGCUGUGCGAUGUGCAGACCAUCUCCUGCCAGGAUGCGGCGGACAGGAAAGGCCUUAGCCUGCGCCAGCUGUGCAACAAUGGAACGUGCAAGGAUCAUGGGAAUAGCCAUGUUUGCUACUGCUCCCAGGGCUAUGCGGGCAGCUAUUGCCAGAAGGAGAUCGACGAGUGCCAGUCGCAGCCGUGCCAGAAUGGAGGAACCUGCCGGGAUCUGAUUGGAGCCUACAAGUGCGACUGCCGGCAAGGAUUUCAGGGUCAGAACUGUGAGCUCAACAUUGACGAUUGUGCCCCGAAUCCCUGCCAGAACGGUGGCACUUGCCACGAUCUGGUGAAGAACUUUAGCUGCAGCUGCCCGCCCGGCACCCUGGGCAUCAUUUGUGAGAUCAACAAGGAUGACUGUGAGCCGGGUGCCUGUCACAACAAUGGCAGCUGCAUUGAUCGAGUCGGUGGCUUUGAGUGCGUCUGCCAGCCGGGCUUUGUGGGUGCGCGCUGCGAGGGCGACAUCAACGAGUGCCUGAGCAAUCCCUGUUCCAAUGCUGGUACUUUGGACUGCGUCCAGCUGGUAAACAACUAUCACUGCAACUGCCGGCCCGGGCACAUGGGUCGCCACUGCGAGCACAAGGUUGACUUUUGCGCCCAGAGUCCCUGCCAGAAUGGCGGUAACUGCAACAUUCGGCAGAGUGGCCACCACUGCAUCUGCAACAAUGGCUUUUAUGGCAAGAACUGUGAGCUGAGCGGCCAGGACUGCGACUCGAAUCCCUGCCGCGUGGGCAACUGUGUGGUGGACGAGGAGGAUGGCUUUGGUUAUCGGUGCGAGUGCCCCAAGGGCACCACCGGUGAACACUGCGACGUGGACACAUUGGAUGAAUGCUCGCCGAAUCCGUGCUCCCAAGGAGCUGCCUGUGAAAAUCUUCUGGGUGAUUUUGAUUGCCUUUGUCCCAGCAAAUGGAAGGGCAAACGCUGCGACAUCUAUGAUGCCAAUUACCCAGGCUCUGGUGGUGGCAACGACCGUUACGCCGAGGAUCUGCAACAGCAAAGGGCCAUGUGCGACAAGCGGGGAUGCGCCGAGAAACAAGGCAAUGGCUUUUGCGAUACCGAAUGCAACAGCUAUGCCUGCAAUUUUGAUGGCAACGACUGCUCCUUGGGCAUCAAUCCGUGGGCCAAUUGCUCCGCCCACGAGUGCUGGAACAAGUUCAAGAACGGCAAGUGCAACGAGGAGUGCAACAAUGCCGCCUGCCACUACGAUGGCCACGACUGCGAGCGGAAGCUGAAGAGCUGCAACAGGUUGUACGAUGCCUACUGCCAGAAGCACUACGGCGAUGGCUUCUGCGACUAUGGAUGCAACAAUGCCGAGUGCAGCUGGGAUGGUUUGGAUUGUGAGAACAAGACCCAGUCGCCGGUUUUGGCCGAGGGUGCCAUGUCCGUGGUGAUGCUAAUGGAGCUGGAGCAGUUCCGGGAGAUCCAGGCACAAUUUCUGCGCAACAUGAGUCACAUGCUGAGGACCACGGUGCGGCUGAAGAAGGACUCCAUGGGUCGUGACAUUAUUAUACCCUGGAAGGACAAUGUCCGCGUGCCGGAAAUCGAGGAUACGGACUUUGCCCGCAAGAACAAGAUCGUGUACACCCAGCAGGUCUACCAGACGGGCAUCCAAAUCUACCUGGAAAUUGACAAUCGCAAGUGCACCGAAUGCUUCACCCAUGCCGUGGAGGCGGCCGAGUUCUUGGCUGCCACUGCCGCCAAGCAUCAGCUGCUGGACGACUUUCCGAUCUACAGUGUCCGGGGCAUUAAGAAUCCCGGGGACGAGGACAACGGUGAGCCUCCGGCCAAUGUUAAAUAUGUAAUCACGGGCAUCAUUCUGGUAAUUCUUGUCCUGGCCUUCUUCGGCAUGGUUUUGAGCACCCAGCGUAAGCGUGCCCAUGGUGUCACCUGGUUCCCCGAGGGAUUCAGAGCACCGGCCGCCGUCAUGUCACGUCGCCGUCGCGAUCCGCAUGGCCAGGAAAUGCGUAAUCUUAACAAACAGGUGGCCAUGCAGUCGCAGGGCGUGGGACAACCCGGUGCCCACUGGUCGGACGAUGAGUCCGAUAUGCCGCUGCCCAAGCGACAGCGCAGCGAUCCCGUCUCCGUGGUGGGACUGGGCAACAAUGGUGGCUAUGCCAGCGAUCACACCAUGGUCAGCGAGUACGAGGAGGCGGAUCAGAGGGUCUGGUCGCAGGCCCAUCUCGAUGUGGCGGAUGUGCGUGCCAUUAUGACCCCACCAGCCCAUCAGGAUGGCGGCAAGCACGAUGUGGAUGCCCGUGGUCCUUGUGGCCUGACUCCCCUGAUGAUUGCCGCCGUGCGAGGCGGUGGCCUGGACACUGGCAUUGAGGAUAUUGAGAACAAUGAUGAUAGCACGGCUCAGGUGAUAUCGGAUCUACUGGCCCAGGGUGCUGAACUGAAUGCCACCAUGGACAAGACGGGUGAGACAUCGCUCCACCUGGCGGCACGCUUUGCCCGGGCAGAUGCGGCCAAGAGAUUGCUGGACGCCGGAGCGGAUGCCAAUUGUCAGGAUAACACUGGAAGGACUCCUUUACAUGCCGCCGUGGCUGCCGAUGCCAUGGGCGUGUUCCAAAUACUCUUGCGCAACAGGGCCACCAAUCUCAAUGCCCGGAUGCAUGAUGGCACCACACCCCUGAUCCUAGCCGCUCGCCUGGCCAUCGAGGGCAUGGUGGAGGAUCUAAUCACAGCGGAUGCUGACAUCAAUGCUGCCGACAAUUCCGGCAAGACGGCGCUGCAUUGGGCAGCAGCGGUGAACAACACGGAGGCGGUUAACAUUCUGCUGAUGCACCAUGCCAAUCGCGAUGCCCAGGACGACAAGGACGAGACGCCACUGUUUCUGGCCGCUCGCGAGGGCAGCUACGAGGCCUGCAAGGCUCUGCUGGACAACUUUGCCAAUCGCGAGAUCACCGAUCACAUGGACCGGCUGCCCCGAGACGUGGCCAGCGAGCGGCUGCAUCACGACAUCGUACGGUUGCUGGACGAGCAUGUGCCGCGUUCCCCGCAAAUGCUCAGCAUGACACCGCAGGCCAUGAUCGGAUCUCCGCCACCGGGACAGCAGCCUCAGUUGAUUACACAGCCGACGGUUAUAUCCGCCGGGAAUGGCGGAGGAUCUGGCGGAAAUGGUGGAGCCGGUGCCGGGGGCAAGCAGAGCAGCCAGGCGGCCAAGCAGAAGGCCGCCAAAAAGGCGAAACUCAUCGAAGGCAGCCCGGACAAUGGACUCGAUGGCACCACCGCUGGUGGUGGAAGUCUGCGACGCAAGGCCAGUUCAAAAAAGACAAGUGCGGCCUCAAAAAAGGCAUCGGCAGCUGGUCUGAAUGGCCUGAAUCCUGGCCAGCUGGCGGCGGCGGGUGUACCGCCAACAUCGGGCCUACAGGGAUCAGCGGCAGCUGCAGCAGCAGCAGCGGCGGCGGCACAAGCGGCGGCAGCAGCAGCAGUGGCGGCAAUGUCCCACGACCUGGACAGUGGCUCACCGGUGGGCGUGGGCGUGGGCAUGAACGGGAAUCUGCCCAGUCCAUACGACACCAAUUCGAUGUACUCGAAUGCGAUGGCCGCACCGCCGCCGAACAGCAAUGCGAAUACGGGGGCCAAGCAGCCGCCGAGCUAUGAGGAUUGCAUCAAGAAUGCACAAUCCAUGCAAUCUUUGCCGGGAAAUGGCCUGGACAUGAUCAAGCUGGAUAACUAUGGCUAUUCCAUGGGCUCGCCAUUUCAGCAGGAGCUGCUCAAUGGCCAAGGACUCGGGAUGAAUGGUCAAAGGAAUAACAAUGGAGGAGCUGCCGGUGUACCCGGCAUAGUGGGACUCUGUAAUCUAAGCGGCCUGACCGCAACUGGCAAUGGGAACAGUCACGAGCAGGGCUUGAGUCCGCCGUACUCCAAUCAGUCGCCGCCGCAUUCGGUGCAGAGCAGUCUGGCGCUGUCGCCACAUGCCUACCUGGGCUCUCCAUCCCCGGCCAAGUCGCGACCCAGUUUGCCCACCUCCCCCACCCACAUCCAGGCCAUGAGGCAUGCCACCCAACAGAAGCAACAGUUUGGCGGCAGCAAUCUUAACAGCCUGCUGGGUGGGGCCAAUGGUGGGAGCCUAACCGGUGGCGGCGGCAAUGGCAUGGGAGGCUCACCCGUCAGCCUGGGCAUCAUCUCGCCCACGGGCAGCGAUAUGGGCAUUAUGCUAGCCCCGCCACAAUCCUCGAAAGGCAGUGCAAUAAUGCAAACGCUAUCACCCCAACAACAGCAGCAGCAGCAGCAACAACAGCAGCAACAACAGCAACAGCAACAACAGCAGCAGCAGCAACAACAACAGCAGCAACAGCAGCAGCAGCUUGGAGGCCUGGAGUUCGGUUCAGCAGGCUUGGACCUGAAUGGAUUUUGUGGAUCUCCGGACUCAUUUCACUCGGGUCAAAUGAAUCCGCCCUCGAUACAAAGUUCUAUGUCCGGGUCAUCGCCAUCGACUAACAUGCUGUCGCCAUCGUCGCAGCAUAAUCAGCAGCAGGCCUUCUAUCAGUACCUAACGCCACCCAGCCAGCAUUCGGGCGGACAUACGCCGCAGCAUUUGGUCCAGACGCUGGACAGUUAUCCGACGCCAUCGCCGGAAUCGCCCGGUCAUUGGUCCUCCUCCUCGCCCCGUUCGAAUUCCGAUUGGAGUGAGGGUGUACAGUCGCCGGCGGCCAACAAUUUGUAUAUCUCUGGUGGCCAUCAGGCCAAUAAGGGAUCUGAGGCCAUUUAUAUUUGACCAUAAGCAGGGACUGGAGGGGGGUGGGGUGGGGAUAGGGAAGGGGUAGGGAAAGGGUAAAGGGGGGGAACUGGGAACUAUAGGAUCUAGAGGAUCUGGGGGAUUCCAGGGUUUGCAAAACAGGGACUCUUAAAGAGUCCCCCAAGGCUACACACACACACACGCGUUCUAUACCCUUCAGUACCAAACUUCAGAAAUUCAUCAGGAAUUCCCGAGGAUUUAAGCCAUUUCGAAAGGAAUUCCCUAGGAUUUUCGGAAGGAAUUUGUUCAAGAGCAUGACUAUGAAGGGGAAUUCCAAGUUCCUGAGGAAUUCCUUAGGUAUUUCCCGCAAAAUUCCCUAGGAAGUUCUUUGGGAAUUUCUUAGGUAUUUUCUGCUAAAUUCCCUAGUAAGUUCCUUGGGAAUUUCUUAGGUAAUUCCUGCGAAAUUCCUUAGGAAGUUCUUUAGGAAUUUUCCUUAAGGAAUUCUGGUACUGCAGGGAAGCUAUCUAUAUAUAUAUAAACAUGUAUUUGUAAUUCCCUAUUUUCUACGAUUUAUGUGACUUGUUCUUUUUUUUUUUUAAUUAAUUUAAUUUAAAUUUUAAACAAAAGAAACAAGAAAAAAGACACGCAACUUAAUUUAAAUUAUGAAUAUUAUUAUGCUUGUUGUACAGUGCCCCGAUCACGUAGAUAUAUCUACUCACAAUGAGUUGAGAGCUCGUCUUGUGGCGCAUUUUAUUUAAUUGUCGUAACGUCAUCGUAGCUUCCAGUAAACCGAACAUAUAGCAUAUAGUAAUAAGGAUAAACUUAGCGCAAAUUCUGAUUGAUCAAUUGAGAGAACGUUUCUAAUUGUAAGCGUCGCAUUACAUAACACUAAGACUAAGGUUUUUUUGUAACGAAUUCUACAUAUAUAUUUAUAGUGUAGUUCUGUAGGUCUCGGAAACUGAAGUGCUUAUAUAAAAACAAAAUUGUCAAACGAACGAACUAUUUUUUUUACACUACGUUUUUUUUUUAUUAUUACUAUUACUAUUAUUAUUACUAUUACUAUUACAAUUAUUAUGUAUUAUUACAUAGUGACUAAGCUAAACUGUAAAAAGAUUCUCACAACUGUUUGAUUUAAGUCGACAAAAAAAAAAAAACAAAAAAUGGCAAGGAGAAGAAGAGAUCAUGGCCGUCGUAUAAUUUAAUAAUAAUAAUAAUAGCAAUUAAAAAUUUUAAAAUUUUAAAAAAGGGACGAGUAAAAUACGGUACCGACUGGCCGCCAAGUUUUUUAUAUAUAUGUUUAAGGCAACGCACCCUUUUAUACGAUCUAAGCUUAUAGAUAUUAAUAUAUUUUCAAAAAAUAUACAAAAGACAAAAAAAGACACUACACAAAUUAAAAAUAUAAAAACAAUUUUCUUGUUCCCAAUUUUAUUGAAUUUUUUUUUUUUUUUUUUUUUAAUUUGAAUUGUAUACUUUCUUGUGUUCCGUCUAUACGUAUAUAUAUUAUUUGUGUACACCGUUUUUUAAAGUGUAAAUUGUAAAAUUACUUGUUUUCCUAAUGCAAAACUCCAAGACAGCAGAACGAAAAUGCGCAACCCCCUUUUUGACAUAAAUAAUAAAUAUUAAAAAUUAUUUUAAAACAA